GUCCAUGAGCAGAAGCGGCAUUUCAGGGCCCUUCCCCACCAUGAUCACUGCUCUGCCAAAGCUCAAAGACGUGUGCGCACGGGUGACAAUCACUUUCGAAAACAAUAUUGCUGCACAGAAUCACUUAAAGACUUCUCAAAUCCUUUCCUGUCCUCCCCUGCCCUUCACCCCUCCCCUUCCCUUCACCCCUCCCUUCCCUUCACCCCUCCCCUUCCCUUCACCCCUCCCCUUCCCUUCACCCCUCCCCUUCCCUUCACCCCUCCCCUUCCCUUCACCCCUCCCCUUCCCUUCACCCCUCCCCCUUCCCUUCACCCCUCCCCUUCCCUUCACCCCUCCCCUUCCCUUCACCCCUCCCCUUCCUUACCUCCUCCUUCACCCCUCCCUUCCCUUCACCCCUCCCUUCCCUUCACCCCUCCCUUCCCUUCACCCCUCCCCUUCCCUUCACCCCUCCCUUCCCUUCACCCCUCCCCUUCCCUUCACCCCUCCCCUUCCCUUCACCCCUCCCCUUCCCUUCACCCCUCCCCUUCCCUUCACCCCUCCCCUUCCCUUCACCCCUCCCCUUCCCUUCACCCCUCCCCUUCCCUUCACCCCUCCCCUUCCCUUCACCCCUCCCCUUCCCUUCACCCCUCCCCUUCCCUUCACCCCUCCCCUUCCCUUCACCCCUCCCCUUCCCUUCACCCCUCCCCUUCCCUUCACCCCUCCCCUUCCCUUCACCCCUCCCCUUCCCUUCACCCCUCCCCUUCCCUUCACCCCUCCCCUUCCCUUCACCCCUCCCCUUCCUUCACCCCUCCCCUUCCCUUCACCCCUCCCCUUCCCUUCACCCCUCCCUUCCCUUCACCCCUCCCCUUCCCUUCACCCUCCCCUUCCCUUCACCCCUCCCCUUCCCUUCACCCCUCCCUUCCUUCACCCCUCCCCUUCCUUCACCCCUCCCCUUCCCUUCACCCCUCCCCUUCCCUUCACCCCUCCCCUUCCCUUCACCCCUCCCCUUCCCUUCACCCCUCCCUUCCCUUCACCCCUCCCCUUCCCUUCACCCCUCCCCUUCCCUUCACCCCUCCCCUUCCCUUCACCCCCUUCCUCCCUUCCCUUCACCCCUCCCCUUCCCUUCACCCCUCCCCUUCCCUUCACCCCUCCCCUUCCCUUCACCCUCCCCUUCCCUUCACCCCUCCCCUUCCCUUCACCCUCCCCUUCCCUUCACCCCUCCCCUUCCCUUCACCCCUCCCCUUCCCUUCACCCCUCCCCUUCCCUUCACCCCUCCCCUUCCCUUCACCCCUCCCCUUCCCUUCACCCCUCCCCUUCCCUUCACCCCUCCCCUUCCCUUCACCCCUCCCCUUCCCUUCACCCCUCCCCUUCCCUUCACCCCUCCCCUUCCCUUCACCCCUCCCCUUCCCUUCACCCCUCCCCUUCCCUUCACCCCUCCCCUUCCCUUCACCCCUCCCCUUCCCUUCACCCCUCCCCUUCCCUUCACCCCUCCCCUUCCCUUCACCCCUCCCCUUCCCUUCACCCCUCCCCUUCCCUUCACCCCUCCCCUUCCCUUCACCCCUCCCCUUCCCUUCACCCCUCCCCUUCCCUUCACCCCUCCCCUUCCCUUCACCCCUCCCCUUCCCUUCACCCCUCCCCUUCCCUUCACCCCUCCCCUUCCCUUCACCCCUCCCCUUCCCUUCACCCCUCCCCUUCCCUUCACCCCUCCCCUUCCUUCACCCUCCCCUUCCUUCACCCCUCCCCUUCCCUUCACCCCUCCCCUUCCCUUCACCCCUCCCCUUCCCUUCACCCCUCCCCUUCCCUUCACCCCUCCCCUUCCCUUCACCCCUCCCCUUCCUUCACCCUCCCCUUCCCUUCACCCCUCCCCUUCCCUUCACCCCUCCCCUUCCCUUCACCCCCUCCCCUUCCCUUCACCCCUCCCCUUCCCUUCACCCCUCCCCUUCCCUUCACCCCUCCCCUUCCCUUCACCCCUCCCCUUCCCUUCACCCCUCCCCUUCCCUUCACCCCUCCCUUCCCUUCACCCCUCCCCUUCCCUUCACCCCUCCCCUUCCCUUCACCCCUCCCCUUCCCUUCACCCCUCCCCUUCCCUUCACCCCUCCCCUUCCCUUCACCCCUCCCCUUCCUUCACCCCUCCCCUUCCCUUCACCCCUCCCCUUCCCUUCACCCCUCCCCUUCCCUUCACCCCUCCCCUUCCUUCACCCCUCCCCUUCCCUUCACCCCUCCCCUUCCCUUCACCCCUCCCCUUCCCUUCACCCCUCCCCUUCCCUUCACCCCUCCCCUUCCCUUCACCCCUCCCCUUCCCUUCACCCCUCCCCUUCCCUUCACACCCUCCCCUUCCCUUCACCCCUCCCCUUCCCUUCACCCCUCCCCUUCCCUUCACCCCUCCCCUUCCCUUCACCCCUCCCCUUCCCUUCACCCCUCCCCUUCCCUUCACCCCUCCCCUUCCCUUCACCCCUCCCCUUCCCUUCACCCCUCCCCUUCCCUUCACCCCUCCCCUUCCCUUCACCCCUCCCCUUCCCUUCACCCCUCCCCUUCCCUUCACCCCUCCCCUUCCCUUCACCCCUCCCCUUCCCUUCACCCCUCCCCUUCCUUCACCCCUCCCCUUCCCUUCACCCCUCCCCUUCCCUUCACCCCUCCCCUUCCCUUCACCCCUCCCCUUCCCUUCACCCCUCCCCUUCCCUUCACCCCUCCCCUUCCCUUCACCCCUCCCCUUCCCUUCACCCCUCCCCUUCCCUUCACCCCUCCCCUUCCCUUCACCCUCCCUUCCCUUCACCCCUCCCCUUCCCUUCACCCCUCCCCUUCCCUUCACCCCUCCCCUUCCCUUCACCCCUCCCCUUCCCUUCACCCCUCCCCUUCCCUUCACCCCUCCCCUUCCCUUCACCCCUCCCCUUCCCUUCACCCCUCCCCUUCCCUUCACCCCUCCCCUUCCCUUCACCCCUCCCCUUCCCUUCACCCCUCCCCUUCCCUUCACCCCUCCCCUUCCCUUCACCCCUCCCCUUCCCUUCACCCCUCCCCUUCCCUUCACCCCUCCCCUUCCCUUCACCCCUCCCUUCCCUUCACCCCUCCCCUUCCCUUCACCCCUCCCCUUCCCUUCACCCCUCCCCUUCCCUUCACCCCUCCCCUUCCUUCACCCCUCCCCUUCCCUUCACCCCUCCCCUUCCCUUCACCCCUCCCCUUCCCUUCACCCCUCCCCUUCCCUUCACCCCUCCCUUCCCUUCACCCCUCCCCUUCCCUUCACCCCUCCCCUUCCCUUCACCCCUCCCCUUCCCUUCACCCCUCCCCUUCCCUUCACCCUCCCCUUCCCUUCACCCCUCCCCUUCCCUUCACCCCUCCCCUUCCCUUCACCCCUCCCCUUCCCUUCACCCCUCCCCUUCCCUUCACCCCUCCCCUUCCCUUCACCCCUCCCCUUCCCUUCACCCCUCCCCUUCCCUUCACCCUCCCCUUCCCUUCACCCCUCCCCUUCCCUUCACCCCUCCCCUUCCUUCACCCCUCCCCUUCCCUUCACCCCUCCCUUCCCUUCACCCCUCCCCUUCCCUUCACCCCUCCCCUUCCCUUCACCCCUCCCCUUCCCUUCACCCUCCCCUUCCCUUCACCCCUCCCCUUCCCUUCACCCCUCCCCUUCCCUUCACCCCUCCCCUUCCCUUCACCCCUCCCCUUCCUUCACCCCUCCCCUUCCCUUCACCCCUCCCCUUCCCUUCACCCCUCCCCUUCCCUUCACCCCUCCCCUUCCCUUCACCCCUCCCCUUCCCUUCACCCCUCCCCUUCCCUUCACCCCUCCCCUUCCCUUCACCCCUCCCCUUCCCUUCACCCCUCCCCUUCCCUUCACCCCUCCCCUUCCCUUCACCCCUCCCCUUCCCUUCACCCCUCCCCUUCCCUUCACCCCUCCCCUUCCCUUCACCCCUCCCCUUCCCUUCACCCCUCCCUUCCUUCACCCCUCCCCUUCCCUUCACCUUCCUUCAACCCCUCCCUUCCCUUCACCCCUCCCCUUCCCUUCACCCCUCCCCUUCCCUUCACCCCUCCCCUUCCCUUCACCCCUCCCCUUCCCUUCACCCCUCCCCUUCCCUUCACCCCUCCCCUUCCCUUCACCCCUCCCCUUCCCUUCACCCCUCCCCUUCCCUUCACCCCUCCCUUCCCUUCACCCCUCCCCUUCCCUUCACCCCUCCCCUUCCCUUCACCCCUCCCCUUCCCUUCACCCCUCCCCUUCCCUUCACCCCUCCCCUUCCCUUCACCCCUCCCCUUCCCUUCACCCCUCCCCUUCCCUUCACCCCUCCCCUUCCCUUCACCCCUCCCCUUCCCCUUCACCCUCCCCUUCCCUUCACCCUCCCCUUCCCUUCACCCCUCCCCUUCCCUUCACCCCUCCCCUUCCCUUCACCCCUCCCCUUCCCUUCACCCCUCCCCUUCCCUUCACCCCUCCCCUUCCCUUCACCCCUCCCCUUCCCUUCACCCCUCCCUUCCCUUCACCCUCCCUCCUUCACCCUCCCUUCCCUUCACCCCUCCCCUUCCCUUCACCCCUCCCCUUCCCUUCACCCCUCCCCUUCCCUUCACCCCUCCCCUUCCCUUCACCCCUCCCCUUCCCUUCACCCCUCCCCUUCCCUUCACCCCUCCCCUUCCCUUCACCCCUCCCCUUCCCUUCACCCCUCCCCUUCCCUUCACCCUCCCUUCCCUUCACCCCUCCCCUUCCUCACCCUCCCCUUCCCUUCACCCCUCCCCUUCCCUUCACCCCUCCCUUCCCUUCACCCCUCCCCUUCCCUUCACCCCUCCCCUUCCCUUCACCCCUCCCCUUCCCUUCACCCCUCCCCUUCCCUUCACCCCUCCCCUUCCCUUCACCCCUCCCCUUCCCUUCACCCCUCCCCUUCCCUUCACCCCUCCCCUUCCCUUCACCCCUCCCCUUCCCUUCACCCCUCCCCUUCCCUUCACCCCUCCCCUUCCCUUCACCCCUCCCCUUCCCUUCACCCCUCCCCUUCCCUUCACCCCUCCCCUUCCCUUCACCCCUCCCCUUCCCUUCACCCCUCCCCUUCCCUUCACCCCUCCCCUUCCCUUCACCCCUCCCCUUCCCUUCACCCCUCCCCUUCCCUUCACCCCUCCCCUUCCCUUCACCCCUCCCCUUCCCUUCACCCCUCCCCUUCCCUUCACCCCUCCCCUUCCCUUCACCCCUCCCCUUCCCUUCACCCCUCCCCUUCCCUUCACCCCUCCCCUUCCCUUCACCCCUCCCCUUCCCUUCACCCCUCCCCUUCCCUUCACCCCUCCCCUUCCCUUCACCCUCCCCUUCCCUUCACCCCUCCCCUUCCCUUCACCCCUCCCCUUCCCUUCACCCCUCCCCUUCCCUUCACCCCUCCCCUUCCCUUCACCCCUCCCCUUCCCUUCACCCCUCCCCUUCCCUUCACCCCUCCCCUUCCCUUCACCCCUCCCCUUCCCUUCACCCCUCCCCUUCCCUUCACCCUCCCCUUCCCUUCACCCCUCCCCUUCCCUUCACCCCUCCCUUCCCUUCACCCCUCCCCUUCCCUUCACCCCUCCCCUUCCCUUCACCCCUUCCCCUUCCCUUCACCCCUACCCCUUCCCUUCACCCCUCCCUUCCCUUCACCCCUCCCCUUCCCUUCACCCCUCCCCUUCCCUUCACCCCUCCCCUUCCCUUCACCCCUCCCCUUCCCUUCACCCCUCCCCUUCCCUUCACCCCUCCCCUUCCCUUCACCCCUCCCUUCCCUUCACCCCUCCCCUUCCCUUCACCCCUCCCCUUCCCUUCACCCUCCCCUUCCCUUCACCCCUCCCUUCCCUUCACCCCUCCCCUUCCCUUCACCCCUCCCCUUCCCUUCACCCCUCCCCUUCCCUUCACCCCUCCCCUUCCCUUCACCCCUCCCCUUCCCUUCACCCCUCCCCUUCCCUUCACCCCUCCCCUUCCCUUCACCCCUCCCCUUCCCUUCACCCCUCCCCUUCCCUUCACCCCUCCCCUUCCCUUCACCCCUCCCCUUCCCUUCACCCCUCCCCUUCCCUUCACCCCUCCCCUUCCCUUCACCCCUCCCCUUCCCUUCACCCCUCCCCUUCCCUUCACCCCUCCCCUUCCCUUCACCCCUCCCCUUCCCUUCACCCCUCCCCUUCCCUUCAACCCCUCCCCUUCCCUUCACCCCUCCCUUCCCUUCACCCCUCCCCUUCCUUCACCCCUCCCCUUCCCUUCACCCCUCCCCUUCCUUCACCCCUCCCCUUCCCUUCACCCCUCCCCUUCCCUUCACCCCUCCCCUUCCCUUCACCCCCUCCCCUUCCCUUCACACCCUCCCCUUCCCUUCACCCCUCCCCUUCCCUUCACCCCUCCCCUUCCCUUCACCCCUCCCCUUCCCUUCACCCCUCCCUUCCCUUCACCCCUCCCCUUCCUUCACCCCUCCCCUAUCCCUUCACCCCUCCCCUUCCCUUCACCCCUCCCCUUCCUUCACCCCUCCCCUUCCCUUCCCCCUCCCCUUCCCUUCACCCCCUCCCCUUCCCUUCAACCCCUCCCCUUCCCUUCACCCCUCCCCUUCCCUUCACCCCUCCCCUUCCCUUCACCCCUCCCCUUCCUUCACCCCCUCCCCUUCCCUUCACCCCUCCCCUUCCAUUCACCCUCCCCUUCCCUUCACCCCUCCCCUUCCCUUCACCCCUCCCCUUCCCUUCACCCCUCCCCUUCCCUUCACCCCUCCCCUUCCCUUCACCCCUCCCCUUCCCUUCACCCCUCCCCUUCCCUUCACCCCUCCCCUUCCCUUCACCCCUCCCCUUCCCUUCACCCCUCCCCUUCCCUUCACCCCUCCCCUUCCCUUCACCCUCCCCUUCCCUUCACCCCUCCCCUUCCCUUCACCCCUCCCCUUCCCUUCACCCCUCCCCUUCCCUUCACCCCUCCCCUUCCCUUCACCCCUCCCCUUCCCUUCACCCCUCCCCUUCCCUUCACCCCUCCCCUUCCCUUCACCCCUCCCCUUCCCUUCACCCCUCCCCUUCCCUUCACCCCUCCCCUUCCCUUCACCCCUCCCCUUCCCUUCACCCCUCCCCUUCCCUUCACCCCUCCCCUUCCCUUCACCCCUCCCCUUCCCUUCACCCCUCCCCUUCCCUUCACCCCUCCCCUUCCCUUCACCCCUCCCCUUCCCUUCACCCCUCCCCUUCCCUUCACCCCUCCCCUUCCCUUCACCCCUCCCCUUCCCUUCACCCCUCCCCUUCCCUUCACCCCUCCCCUUCCCUUCACCCCUCCCCUUCCCUUCACCCCUCCCCUUCCCUUCACCCCUCCCCUUCCCUUCACCCUCCCCUUCCCUUCACCCCUCCCCUUCCCUUCACCCCUCCCCUUCCCUUCACCCCUCCCCUUCCCUUCACCCCUCCCUUCCCUUCACCCCUCCCCUUCCCUUCACCCCUCCCCUUCCCUUCACCCCUCCCCUUCCCUUCACCCCUCCCCUUCCCUUCACCCCUCCCCUUCCCUUCACCCCUCCCCUUCUCACGCCCUCCCCUUCACCCCUCCCCUUCCCUUCACCCCUCCCCUUCCCUUCACCCCUCCCCUUCCCUUCACCCCUCCCCUUCCCUUCACCCCUCCCCUUCCCUUCACCCCUCCCCUUCCCUUCACCCCUCCCCUUCCCUUCACCCCUCCCCUUCCCUUCACCCCUCCCCUUCCCUUCACCCCUCCCCUUCCCUUCACCCCUCCCCUUCCCUUCACCCCUCCCCUUCCCUUCACCCCUCCCCUUCCCUUCACCCUCCCCUUCCCUUCACCCCUCCCCUUCCCUUCACCCCUCCCCUUCCCUUCACCCCUCCCCUUCCCUUCACCCCUCCCCUUCCCUUCACCCCUCCCCUUCCCUUCACCCCUCCCCUUCCCUUCACCCCUCCCCUUCCCUUCACCCCUCCCCUUCCCUUCACCCCUCCCCUUCCCUUCACCCCUCCCCUUCCCUUCACCCCUCCCCUUCCCUUCACCCCUCCCCUUCCCUUCACCCCUCCCCUUCCCUUCACCCCUCCCCUUCCCUUCACCCCUCCCCUUCCCUUCACCCCUCCCCUUCCCUUCACCCCUCCCCUUCCCUUCACCCCUCCCCUUCCCUUCACCCCUCCCCUUCCCUUCACCCCUCCCCUUCCCUUCACCCCUCCCCUUCCCUUCACCCCUCCCCUUCCCUUCACCCCUCCCCUUCCCUUCACCCCUCCCCUUCCCUUCACCCUCCCCUUCCCUUCACCCCUCCCCUUCCCUUCACCCCUCCCCUUCCCUUCACCCCUCCCCUUCCCUUCACCCCUCCCCUUCCCUUCACCCCUCCCCUUCCCUUCACCCCUCCCCUUCCCUUCACCCCUCCCCUUCCCUUCACCCCUCCCCUUCCCUUCACCCCUCCCUUCCCUUCACCCCUCCCCUUCCCUUCACCCCUCCCCUUCCCUUCACCCCUCCCUUCCCUUCACCCCUCCCCUUCCCUUCACCCCUCCCCUUCCCUUCACCCCUCCCUCCCCUUCCCUUCACCCCUCCCCUUCCCUUCACCCCUCCCCUUCCCUUCACCCCUCCCCUUCCCUUCACCCCUCCCCUUCCCUUCACCCCUCCCCUUCCCUUCACCCCUCCCCUUCCCUUCACCCCUCCCCUUCCCUUCACCCCUCCCCUUCCUUCACCCCUCCCCUUCCCUUCACCCCUCCCCUUCCCUUCACCCCUCCCCUUCCCUUCACCCUCCCCUUCCCUUCAACCCUCCCCUUCCCUUCCCCUCCCUCCUUCCCCUCCCUUCCUUCACCCCUCCCCUUCCCUUCACCCCUCCCCUUCCCUUCACCCCUCCCCUUCCCUUCACCCCUCCCCUUCCCUUCACCCCUCCCCUUCCCUUCACCCCUCCCCUUCCCUUCACCCCUCCCCUUCCCUUCACCCCUCCCCUUCCCUUCACCCCUCCCCUUCCCUUCACCCCUCCCCUUCCCUUCACCCCUCCCCUUCCCUUCACCCCUCCCCUUCCCUUCACCCUCCCCCUUCCUUCACCCCUCCCUUCCCUUCACCCCUCCCCUUCCCUUCACCCCUCCCCUUCCCUUCACCCCUCCCCUUCCCUUCACCCCUCCCCUUCCCUUCACCCCUCCCCUUCCCUUCACCCCUCCCCUUCCCUUCACCCCUCCCCUUCCCUUCACCCCUCCCCUUCCCUUCACCCUCCCCUUCCCUUCACCCCUCCCCUUCCCUUCACCCCUCCCCUUCCCUUCACCCCUCCCCUUCCCUUCACCCCUCCCUUCCCUUCACCCUCCCCUUCCCUUCACCCCUCCCCUUCCCUUCACCCCUCCCCUUCCCUUCACCCCUCCCCUUCCCUUCACCCUCCCCUUCCUUCACCCCUCCCCUUCCCUUCACCCCUCCCUUCCCUUCACCCCUCCCCUUCCCUUCACCCCUCCCCUUCCCUUCACCCCUCCCCUUCCCUUCACCCCUCCCCUUCCCUUCACCCCUCCCCUUCCCUUCACCCCUCCCCUUCCCUUCACCCCUCCCCUUCCCUUCACCCUCCCCUUCCCUUCACCCCUCCCCUUCCCUUCACCCCUCCCCUUCCCUUCACCCCUCCCCUUCCUUCACCCCUCCCCUUCCCUUCACCCCUCCCCUUCCCUUCACCCCUCCCCUUCCCUUCACCCCUCCCCUUCCCUUCACCCCUCCCCUUCCCUUCACCCCUCCCCUUCCCUUCACCCCUCCCCUUCCCUUCACCCCUCCCCUUCCCUUCACCCCUCCCCUUCCCUUCACCCCUCCCCUUCCCUUCACCCCUCCCCUUCCCUUCACCCCUCCCCUUCCCUUCACCCCUCCCCCUUCCCUUCACCCCUCCCCUUCCCUUCACCCCUCCCCUUCCCUUCACCCCUCCCCUUCCCUUCACCCCUCCCCUUCCCUUCACCCCUCCCCUUCCUUCACCCCUCCCCUUCCCUUCACCCCUCCCCUUCCCUUCACCCCUCCCCUUCCCUUCACCCCUCCCCUUCCCUUCACCCCUCCCCUUCCCUUCACCCCUCCCCUUCCCUUCACCCCUCCCCUUCCCUUCACCCCUCCCCUUCCCUUCACCCCUCCCCUUCCCUUCACCCCUCCCCUUCCUUCACCCCUCCCCUUCCCUUCACCCCUCCCCUUCCCUUCACCCCUCCCCUUCCCUUCACCCCUCCCCUUCCCUUCACCCCUCCCCUUCCCUUCACCCCUCCCCUUCCCUUCACCCCUCCCCUUCCCUUCACCCCUCCCCUUCCCUUCACCCCUCCCCUUCCUUCACCCCUCCCCUUCCCUUCACCCCUCCCCUUCCCUUCACCCCUCCCCUUCCCUUCACCCCUCCCCUUCCCUUCACCCUCCCCUUCCCUUCACCCCUCCCCUUCCCUUCACCCCUCCCCUUCCCUUCACCCCUCCCCUUCCCUUCACCCCUCCCCUUCCCUUCACCCUCCCCUUCCUUCACCCCUCCCUUCCCUUCACCCCUCCCCUUCCCUUCACCCCUCCCCUUCCCUUCACCCCUCCCCUUCCCUUCACCCCUCCCCUUCCCUUCACCCCUCCCCUUCCCUUCACCCCUCCCCUUCCCUUCACCCCUCCCCUUCCCUUCACCCCUCCCCUUCCCUUCACCCCUCCCCUUCCCUUCACCCCUCCCCUUCCCUUCACCCCUCCCCUUCCCUUCACCCCUCCCCUUCCCUUCACCCCUCCCCUUCCCUUCACCCCUCCCCUUCCCUUCACCCCUCCCCUUCCCUUCACCCCUCCCCUUCCCUUCACCCCUCCCUUCCCUUCACCCCUCCCCUUCCCUUCACCCUCCCCUUCCCUUCACCCCUCCCCUUCCCUUCACCCCUCCCCUUCCCUUCACCCCUCCCCUUCCCUUCACCCCUCCCCUUCCCUUCACCCCUCCCCUUCCCUUCACCCCUCCCCUUCCCUUCACCCCUCCCCUUCCCUUCACCCCUCCCCUUCCCUUCACCCCCCCCUUCCCUUCACCCCUCCCCUUCCCUUCACCCCUCCCCUUCCCUUCACCCCUCCCCUUCCCUUCACCCCUCCCCUUCCCUUCACCCCUCCCCUUCCCUUCACCCCUCCCCUUCCCUUCACCCCUCCCCUUCCCUUCACCCCUCCCCUUCCCUUCACCCCUCCCCUUCCCUUCACCCCUCCCCUUCCCUUCACCCCUCCCCUUCCCUUCACCCCUCCCCUUCCCUUCACCCCUCCCCUUCCCUUCACCCCUCCCCUUCCCUUCACCCCUCCCCUUCCCUUCACCCCUCCCCUUCCCUUCACCCCUCCCCUUCCCUUCACCCCUCCCCUUCCCUUCACCCCUCCCCUUCCCUUCACCCCUCCCCUUCCCUUCACCCCUCCCCUUCCCUUCACCCCCUACCCUUCACCCUCCUCUUCCUUCACCCUCCCAUUCCUUCACCCGUCCCUUCAUCACCCCUCCCCUUCCCUUCACCCCUCCCCUUCCCUUCACCCCUCCCUUCCCUUCACACCCUCCCCUUCCCUCACCCCUCCCUUCCCUUCACCCCUCCCCUUCCGUCACCCCUCCCCUUCCCUUCACCCCUCCCCUUCCCUUCACCCCUCCCCUUCCCUUCACGCCUCCCCUUCCUUCACCCCUCCCCUUCCCUUCACUCCCUCCCCUUCCCUUCACCCCUCCCCUUCCCUUCACCCCUCCCCUUCCCUUCACCCCUCCCCUUCCUUCACCCCUCCCCUUCACUCUUCCCUUCACCCCUCCCCUUCCCUUCACCCCUCCCCUUCCCUUCACCCCUCCCCUUCCCUUCACCCCUCCCCUUCCCUUCACCCCUCCCCUUCCCUUCACCCCUCCCCUUCCCUUCACCCCUCCCCUUCCCUUCACCCCUCCCCUUCCCUUCACCCCUCCCCUUCCCUUCACCCCUCCCCUUCCCUUCACCCCUCCCCUUCCCUUCACCCCUCCCCUUCCCUUCACCCCUCCCCUUCCCUUCACCCCUCCCCUUCCCUUCACCCCUCCCCUUCCCUUCACCCCUCCCCUUCCCUUCACCCCUCCCCUUCCCUUCACCCCUCCCCCUUCCCUUCACCCCUCCCCUUCCCUUCACCCCUCCCCUUCCCUUCACCCCUCCCCUUCCCUUCACCCCUCCCCUUCCCUUCACCCCUCCCCUUCCCUUCACCCCUCCCCUUCCCUUCACCCCUCCCCUUCCCUUCACCCCUCCCCUUCCCUUCACCCCUCCCUUCCCUUCACCCCUCCCCUUCCCUUCACCCCUCCCCUUCCCUUCACCCCUCCCCUUCCCUUCACCCCUCCCCUUCCCUUCACCCCUCCCCUUCCCUUCACCCCUCCCCUUCCCUUCACCCCUCCCCUUCCCUUCACCCCUCCCCUUCCCUUCACCCCUCCCCUUCCCUUCACCCCUCCCCUUCCCUUCACCCCUCCCCUUCCCUUCACCCCUCCCCUUCCCUUCACCCCUCCCCUUCCCUUCACCCCUCCCCUUCCCUUCACCCCUCCCCUUCCCUUCACCCCUCCCCUUCCCUUCACCCCUCCCCUUCCCUUCACCCCUCCCCUUCCCUUCACCCCUCCCCUUCCCUUCACCCCUCCCCUUCCCUUCACCCCUCCCCUUCCCUUCACCCCUCCCCUUCCCUUCACCCCUCCCCUUCCUUCACCCCUCCCCUUCCCUUCACCCCUCCCCUUCCCUUCACCCCUCCCCUUCCCUUCACCCCUCCCCUUCCCUUCACCCCUCCCCUUCCCUUCACCCCUCCCCUUCCCUUCACCCCUCCCCUUCCCUUCACCCCUCCCCUUCCCUUCACCCCUCCCCUUCCCUUCACCCCUCCCCUUCCCUUCACCCCUCCCCUUCCCUUCACCCCUCCCCUUCCCUUCACCCCUCCCCUUCCCUUCACCCCUCCCCUUCCCUUCACCCCUCCCCUUCCCUUCACCCCUCCCCUUCCCUUCACCCCUCCCCUUCCCUUCACCCCUCCCCUUCCCUUCACCCCUCCCCUUCCCUUCACCCCUCCCCUUCCCUUCACCCCUCCCCUUCCCUUCACCCCUCCCCUUCCCUUCACCCCUCCCCUUCCCUUCACCCCUCCCCUUCCCUUCACCCCUCCCCUUCCCUUCACCCCUCCCCUUCCCUUCACCCCUCCCCUUCCCUUCACCCCUCCCCUUCCCUUCACCCCUCCCCUUCCCUUCACCCCUCCCCUUCCCUUCACCCCUCCCCUUCCCUUCACCCCUCCCCUUCCCUUCACCCCUCCCCUUCCCUUCACCCCUCCCCUUCCCUUCACCCCUCCCCUUCCCUUCACCCCUCCCCUUCCCUUCACCCCUCCCCUUCCCUUCACCCCUCCCCUUCCCUUCACCCCUCCCCUUCCCUUCACCCCUCCCCUUCCCUUCACCCCUCCCCUUCCCUUCACCCCUCCCCUUCCCUUCACCCCUCCCCUUCCCUUCACCCCUCCCCUUCCCUUCACCCCUCCCCUUCCCUUCACCCCUCCCCUUCCCUUCACCCCUCCCCUUCCCUUCACCCCUCCCCUUCCCUUCACCCCUCCCCUUCCCUUCACCCCUCCCCUUCCCUUCACCCCUCCCCUUCCCUUCACCCCUCCCCUUCCCUUCACCCCUCCCCUUCCCUUCACCCCUCCCCUUCCCUUCACCCCUCCCCUUCCCUUCACCCCUCCCCUUCCCUUCACCCCUCCCCUUCCCUUCACCCCUCCCCUUCCCUUCACCCCUCCCCUUCCCUUCACCCCUCCCCUUCCCUUCACCCCUCCCCUUUCACCCUCCCUUCCUUCACCCCUCCCUUCCCUUCACACCCUCCCCUUCCCUUAAUCACCCCUCCCUUACCUUCACCCCUCCCCUUCCCUUCACCCCUCCCCUUCCUUCAAACCCUCCCCUUCCCUUCACCCCUCCCCCUUCCCUUCACACACCCUCCCUUCCUUCACCCCUCCCACUUCCCUUCACGCCCUCCCCUUCCCUUCACCCCUCCCCUUCCCUGCACCCCCUCCCUCUGCCCUCAACCCUCCCCUUCCCUUCACCCCUCCCCUUCCCUUCAACCCCUCACCCUUCCCUUCACCCCCAAAUCCCCUUCCCUUCACCCCUCCCCUUCCGCUUCACCCCUCCCCUUACCCUUCACCCCUCCCCUUCCCUUCACCCCUCCCCUUCCCUUCACCCCUCACCCUCCCUUCCCUUCACCCCUCCCCUUCCCUUCACCCCUCCCCUUCCCUUCACCCCUCCCCUUCCCUUCACCCCUCCCCUUCCCUUCACCCCUCCCCUUCCCUUCACCCCUCCCCUUCCCUUCACCCCUCCCCUUCCCUUCACCCCUCCCUUCCCUUCACCCCUCCCCUUCCCUUCACCCCUCCCCUUCCCUUCACCCCUCCCCUUCCCUUCACCCCUCCCCUUCCCUUCACCCCUCCCCUUCCCUUCACCCCUCCCCUUCCCUUCACCCCUCCCCUUCCCUUCACCCCUCCCCUUCCCUUCACCCCUCCCCUUCCCUUCACCCCUCCCCUUCCCUUCACCCCUCCCCUUCCCUUCACCCCUCCCCUUCCCUUCACCCCUCCCCUUCCCUUCACCCCUCCCCUUCCCUUCACCCCUCCCCUUCCCUUCACCCCUCCCCUUCCCUUCACCCCUCCCCUUCCCUUCACCCCUCCCCUUCCCUUCACCCCUCCCCUUCCCUUCACCCACCUCCCUUCACCCCUCCCUUCCCUUCACCCCUCCCCUUCCCUUCACCCCUCCCCUUCCCUUCACCCCUCCCCUCUCCCC